CCCUUGUGCUUCCUCUUCCAGCAGCGCCUGCGAUCAUGGCGGACGUAAUAGCGGAGCGGGUAGCAGAGCAGAAAGCGGUCCUGGACCGGGCGCUGAACGGAGAAGCGGAGGACCGAGAGGAGGCCGAUCCAGCGGAGGAAACCUCGAAAAAGAAGAGAAAAAAGAAGAAGAAGAACAAGUCUGCAGCGACAGGCACUGAGGCAGAGGUGGAGGCGGACGGAGUGGCCGAGGUGACCAAACAGCUGGAGAAGCAGGCGAUAGAGGACAAAGAGAAGGAAGAGGAGGGCGAGGAAGACGGAGAUGACGGAGAGAACUCUGCAGGAAAGAAGAAGAAGAAGAAAAAGAAGAAGAAAGGAACCAAAUGUCAGACUGAUCCUCCAUCUGUGCCCAUCUGUGAUCUCUACCCAAGCGGAGUUUUCCCCAUUGGACAGGAAUGUGAAUACCCUGUCGUUCAGGAUGGUCGCAGCGCUGUGUCACGCAUGACCAACGAGGAGAAGCGGGUGCUGGAUAAAGCCAAUGAGGAGAUGUGGAACGACUUCCGGCAGGCAGCCGAGGCGCACAGGCAGGUCCGGAAGCAUGUCCGCAGCUUCCUGAAACCUGGCAUGACCAUGAUCGAAAUCUGCGAGCGGUUGGAGGACGGCUCUCGUAAGCUGAUAAAGGAGAACGGGCUGAACGCCGGCCUGGCCUUCCCCACCGGCUGCUCCCUGAACCACUGUGCUGCUCACUACACUCCCAAUGCUGGAGACACCACUGUCCUCCAGUACGACGACGUCUGCAAGAUCGACUUUGGCACUCACAUCAACGGGCGAAUCAUUGACUGUGCCUUCACCGUCACGUUCAACCCAAAGUACGACAAGCUUUUGGAGGCCGUGAAAGACGCCACCAAUACCGGAAUCAAAAACGCCGGCAUCGAUGUGCGCCUGUGUGAUGUCGGAGAGGCAAUCCAAGAGGUGAUGGAGUCCUACGAGGUCGAGCUUGAUGGCAAAACAUACCAAGUGAAGCCGAUCCGAAACCUAAACGGUCACUCAAUUGGUCAGUACAGGAUACACGCUGGAAAGACGGUGCCCAUCGUUAAAGGAGGAGAAGCGACGAGAAUGGAGGAGGGUGAGGUGUACGCCAUCGAGACGUUCGGCAGCACGGGUAAAGGUGUGGUCCACGACGACAUGGAGUGCUCGCAUUACAUGAAAAACUUUGAUGUCGGCCACGUCCCUAUCAGGCUGCCGCGAGCGAAGCACCUGCUGAACGUGAUCAAUGAGAACUUCGGCACGUUGGCGUUCUGCCGGCGCUGGCUGGACCGCCUAGGCGAGAGCAAGUACCUGAUGGCCCUGAAGAACCUGUGCGACCUCGGCAUCGUGGACCCCUACCCCCCGCUCUGCGACACCAAGGGCUGCUACACCGCUCAGUUCGAGCACACCAUCCUGCUCAGGCCCACCUGCAAGGAGGUGGUGAGCCGGGGGGACGACUACUGACACCCCUACCUUUCAGCACCACCCCCUCACUACCACACAGCACCUGUUGGAGAACUCGGGGAUGAAGUGAAGGAUGCCAGGCGCUGACAGUGCACAGCUUUCAGGGAAGGAGAAGCAGCUGUCUGAGUGCUCCGCCAUCAACCACAACUAAAGAAACAAGCCUACACCUUUCUCUUGGAUAGAGCUUUUUGUUUUUUCCAGUUUCCAUCAGGACUAUCAUAUUGCAAAAUAUUACAUUUAAGCUGCUGCUGAAUUUAGUGCAACCCCAGUUUUCAAAGUUUCUCUCCACUUUGAGCCUCCGGUGCUUUGGUGCUCUGUUAAAAUGAAGCACCAAGGCCACUGACGGCUUAGAGAAGUGGUCAGGCCUGCAUGCUGGCAUGGCCCAAAGUCUUUGCAGACUGUUCCUAACAUUUAAAAGCUUGGGGAAGAGGUGGUCUUGUAGUCAGAUCUUCAUACAGACACCAGUCACCUGCAGCUGUAUGUUUGGCUUCUGUUGCUACAGGAGGGAGCUCUGCACUCUGGCCCUCCGCUCAUUGGUUCUUUGGUAUUUGUAAAGUAUCUUUGAAAUGGCUGCUGCCACUCUGUUCCAGAUUAAAAUGCUUCAUUUUCAAA